UAUAUUAAAACAGAGUCUCUCUGUUUUCUUCUCUCUGUGUGUCCGUUGCAUUAAAUAAAAACUCUCCCUAUAUUUCUUCAAUCCUUAAUUACCAAACACAAGAAGCUCGUUAAACAUUUUCAUCAAUCAUCGAUUCAUUUUUUAGCUGUUCAGAUCCAAAAUCCACAACCGUUUAAUGACUUUUAAUCUUCUACUUUGAUCUUCUUCAUAGUUCUUUCACUUUCCAGCAUCCAUUGCGAACUUCUUACUCUCUGACAGGACAAAAGUUUAUUGAGAAGAUCAACAAAGAUGCCGCAAGAGAUUAAUCAAAAUCAGAUCAAUUCAUUGUUUAACAGUCCUGUUAAGAACUUGAGAGGAUUGAAGGGAAAUUUGGGUUACAAUUGUAGUAGUAAUGAAGCUUCUUACACAGAACAGAUGUUCAACGACCGUGAUUUAGCUCAAAGAAAAGCUGAAGAAGCAGCUGCAAGGAGGUACCAGGCGGCGGAAUGGCUGCGACAGAUGUACUCUGGUGCAUCGGAGCUGCUCCCAGAAGAACCCACAGAAGAAGAAUUCCGUUGUGCUCUUCGCAAUGGCCUUAUUCUCUGCAACGUCCUCAACAAAGUCAAUCCUGGCGCUGUUCACAAGGUGGUGGUGAAUUCAGUGGUAGAUAUGUCCUCAGAAUGCGCGGCCCAAUCUGCUAUUCAAUACUUCGAGAACAUGAGGAACUUCCUUGUAGCUGUUGGCAAAAUGCAGCUUUUAACGUUUGAAGCAUCUGAUCUUGAAAAGGGUGGUUCAUCAAGCAAAGUUGUAGACUGCAUUUUGUGCCUAAAAGGAUAUUACGAAUGGAAGCAGGCUGGAGGAAUUGGAGUUUGGAAAUAUGGUGGAACUGUCAGGAUCACGUCCUGUCCUAAAGGAUCACCGUCCUCUUUUGGUAGUAGUGACAGUGCGGAUGAGUCACUGGAUGACUCCGAGUCUUCACAAUUUGACCAGCUGUUGGAAUUUCUCCAUUUAUCUGGCGACGUCUCACUUGAAGAAUCAAAUGCUGCCAAUAUACUGACCUUCCUCUUUGAUCGCUUUGGUCUCGGGCUUCUACAGGCUUAUCUUAUGGAGAGGAAUGGAGUUGAGGACUUCCCAUUGAAUUUAAUGGUAAUUGAUGCUGUGCUGAGGAAAGUAGUCAAAAACUUUUCUGGAUUGCUGGUUUCUCAAAGCAAUCAGCUCAGGCUAUUCUUGAAGAAAAUAUUGGCAGAUGAGUGCAGUCCUUUAUCAAGAUCAGAAGUUCUAGAAGCCAUAUCAAAUUAUCUGCGGCACAGAACUAGUUUGGUCUCCAGUGACUGCAUUUGUGGCGGGAAACGUGAAAGCAACUGGCAUAACAAUGGUUUCACCGCUGCCAAUGAAGAAAUAGUUGAUGUACAACAAAAGGAGUUAGAGGAGCUCAAAAUCUUUUGCAGAGACACCAAGCUAGAUGUUCAAAAGUAUAAGUCAGGGUGGGAAGACGAAUUUAGAAGGCUCGUGCACCAUAUCAAGGGCCUCGAGGUAGCCUCCUCUUCUUAUCACAAAGUUUUGGAAGAAAAUCGCAUGCUGUUCAAUCAAGUGCAAGACCUAAAAGGGACAAUAAGGGUUUAUUGUAGAGUUAGGCCAUUCCUAUCAGGACAACCUGAUAUGCAGUCCACAGUAGACUAUAUUGGCGAAAAUGGAGAUAUCAUGAUUGUCAAUCCUCGUAAGCAGGGUAAAGAUGCAAGGAAGAUUUUCACUUUCAACAAGGUCUUUGGAACUAAAGUAACUCAACAACAAAUAUACGUGGACACUCAACCGUUGGUUAGAUCCGCCCUUGAUGGUUUUAAUGUUUGUAUCUUUGCCUAUGGACAGACUGGCUCAGGAAAGACAUACACUAUGAGUGGGCCAGACUUGACAACAGAUGAGACAUGGGGUGUAAAUUAUCGUGCUUUGCGUGAUUUGUUCAGCACUACAAACGAAAGAAGGGACAUGAUAGAGUAUGAAGUAGGAGUCCAAAUGAUUGAGAUAUAUAAUGAACAAGUGCGAGAUCUCUUAGUCAUUGACGGGGCUAACAGGCGAUUGGAUAUACGAAAUAAUUCUCAACUGAACGGCCUCAACGUACCUGAUGCUAGUUUGAUUCCAGUUAAAUGCACACAAGAUGUUCUUGAAUUGAUGAGAAUUGGGCAAAAGAACCGUGCUGUCGGUGCUACUGCUUUAAAUGAGAGGAGCAGCAGGUCUCACAGUAUUCUGACAGUUCAUGUCCGAGGGAAAGAGGUUGUAUCUGGAUCUACAUUAAAGGGAUGCCUUCACCUCGUGGAUUUAGCCGGAAGUGAAAGAGUAGAUAAAUCUGAAGCUGUUGGCGAGAGACUGAAAGAGGCGCAACAUAUAAACAGAUCUUUGUCAGCAUUGGGAGACGUUAUCUCUGCUCUUGCACAAAAGAGCUCACAUAUUCCUUACAGAAAUAGCAAGCUUACCCAAGUAUUACAAGAUUCAUUAGGUGGUCAGGCAAAGACAUUGAUGUUUGUGCACAUAAAUCCAGAGGCAGAUGCAUUUGGAGAAACAGUUAGCACACUCAAAUUUGCUGAGAGGGUUGCCGCCAUAGAUCUUGGCGCAGCUCGAUCUAACAAAGAAACUGGUGAAAUCCGAGACAUGAAAGAAGAGAUCUCCAACCUUAAGCAAGUGCUGGAGAAGAAGGAAGCCGAACUUGAACUCCUAAAAAGUGGUGCAAAUGUUCGAGGGCAAGCAUCACCUCUACGGUCGAUGAGACACAUUGGUAAUGCUAGCUUGAAAACAGAAGCCAAUCAGCGUCCUCUAGAUGACAGUAGAGAGGUACGGAGUUGUUCAUCAGGCAAACAAAGGAGGUCCCAGUUUCCCUCAAAGUUCACGGACAAGGAUUUUGUGCCAAAAAUGCCCUUGCUUACAGAGGAAAAAUCAGCAGUUUCCGCCAUGAGGAGAUCACCAUCUCCACCUGUUAGAAGAUCAAUAUCAACUGAUAGAGGUGCUCAUGUUAGAAGCAGAAUCAAGCCGGAAACACAUGAAAAUCCACCAGUAAUGAAACUUCCCUUUCCUGCUAGAGCUCCUGUCACUAUCAAUAAGCCAGUUACCAACAUGCCGGCUAUUGUCUCUUCGGAUAAAACGAGAGGAUGUCAGAGUCAAUCCAGGCAGGAAAAUAUCUCUGAUGUUCUAUAUAACCUUCAGAAGAUGAGCAACAGGAAAAUUCCAGAACAUGACGAGGAGCAGUUUAAGCAAGUGCUUAAUGUACGACAAGGUGCAAUUAGAAAAAGCAAAAACGAGAACAAGAUCAAAGGCAAGCAUCAAUUAUCAACUAAAAUACAGAUUAAAUCAGAUGUUUCAGUGACACUGCUUUCUGAUGGAGGUCAUGGUGGAAUGAUCGAUGAGGCUCAGAGAAGCGACGUUUCUGAGUCUGAAAAUGAGAAUGCAUUUGUUGGAUCCAAUAUAAGUGGCACCAUAAGGUUUGGUAACGGAAAUCUUCCAAGAGGCUUCUCAAGGAACUCUCAAAAUGUUGAACGAGAAAUAUCACAGACAGUUGAAGAAUUUCUUGCUGGUAAAUAUGAAGACAGACCUUCAAGUGGCAAUAACAUGCUUCGAAAUGCUGAGGUAAACAAUUCAUUCAAUCCUGAAUUCAAGAAACCUGAGGAUAAACCUUCAAAUGCCAAUAGAAUUGCUCGGAAUUCAAAGGAAGUGAGCAACUCAUUGGUUCCAGAAUUGAGAAGAAGCAGAUCAACACCGCGCGGAAAAUAUAUGUUUUUGCCCUAAGAGAAGUUCGAUACUUAUAUACUACACAUCAUUUGGAUCAACUAAUUUGUUAGUUCUUGUACAGCGAGUUCAUACAUUUUGGAGCAUUCCCCUCAUACUAUUUCGAGAAAGUUGAAAUGGUUGAAGAUGUCAUUGAGGACUUCAACCAGUAAUGAAUCCUGAAACUUUAUUUGAAGUGAUAUAUAUUACCAUGUAUUUAUAUACAAA